AUGUCGGCACAAGGCGCCUUUCACCGCCUCCUCACCUUCUUCGCAACCCGCUCCCCCCACCCAAACACCUCGACGAUAACCUUCAUGGACUCCCUCCGCGGCGACCUGUCUUUGGGUCUAAAUUUCCCCAUCGCCGUCUUCCUAGCCACCAUCCGUCAUCUCGUCUUCCGCAACACUGGCUUCUGGUCUUUGACCAUUUACGUUCCAACAGUCCGCACCUCUCGAAAGUUGCUAGGUGGCCCUUCGGCGUGCAAGGGUUUGGAAGAGGAUAGGAGGUAUGGGUGUGGAGAGUUGGUGUCGUUAGCGAAAGACGAUGGGGUUGUGGCGCAGGCCGAUGCGGUGGGCUUGUGGAUGCUUGCUGCCGAGAAGGAUGGAAAGGUCAAGGGUGAGGAGGUGAGGUUGUUUCAGAAGGGAGAGAUCAUGGAGAGGAUUGCGGGGAGGAGAAGAGGGUUGGAUAAUGUCUUGCCGUUCUGGAGGGGUGGGCCUUUGAUUGCUUCUGCGCACUCUUGGGCUGUGAAGAAGGCUUUUGAUGUCGAGGUUUAUGAUGGCCACAAGAGAGCUUGA